UGAUCAGUCUAGCUAGCUAACAUUAGACUGGAAGCUUGGGAAUUCCCCAGCAGAACUCCUUCAGUAGGGGGGGGGCGAGAACUAUAAACAACUUAAAGCGAAAACAUAUUUAUAUUACAGUGAAAAGCCCUCAUUAAGAUUAUUCUUGAUUAGAUCAGUUACUGUCUAGUUGCAGCACAAAGCGCUGUUUUAUUAAGUGGUUCCCUUUCUGGCUAGCUAGUCUCGGCUAGCCAACUAUUGCUAGCUAGCUAAUAGCGACUAGGUACCUUCACAGUGUAAAUAGUUUUCUGGUUGAUAAGGAUAGAACGAGGUGAUCACAUUUGGAGCAGAUGAGUUUUUAAACGCUCGCUUGCUAACUUAUUAUCUGCAAUGGCGGGUAUACAGCCUCCGCUCAAUUCUGGAAAAGAGUCUGUGCGGCCUGAUCUUGGUUUCGGGGUCGACAAACACGAAAUUCUGGAUUCGGUGUCCGAGGACUGGUGCGACAGUGGGCUUGAUUGCCUCAGUGGACCAGCGCUUAGUCUGGAUGACUCCUUCAACACUGAGGUAUCACAAUCUUGGGUGCCAAGGUCCCAUACAUCGCACGAUGACUCUGACAAGCGCUCCAUGGACUGUAGCUCUAUGGGGGGCGGUGAGAGGCUGGACUCAGCUAUUGGGGACUCAAUAACAGAUGAGACUAUGGGGAACAUAUCGCAGGAGCUCGGGACCAUGCACCUGAGUGAACCGGUUAUCAUUGACUCUGGGGAUGACGGUAAUACUGGGAGGCAAGGUGCAACAAACCCGGAGGAGGAACGGCGGAGGAGAGAGGAAAUUUUCAAUACACUGAACUUUGUUUCUGAAGACGGAGACACGGCUCUUCAUCUGGCAUUUAUUCAUGAGCACUGGGCUUUUGUGCAGUACUUACUGGGGAUGAUAGCAUUGGACCAAAGCUGGGUAUCUUACCUGGACAUUCAGAAUCAUUUGGGACAGACGGCCCUCCACUUGGCGGUGAUUGUCGACCAGCCCCAGUGUGUGAGGGGACUGCUGUGGGGUGGGGCCAGUGCGGAGCUCCAGGAGAGGGGAGGAAACACCCCACUGCACCUGGCUGUCAGGGAGCUGAGGCACGACUGUGUCCGUGAGAUCACCUCCAACUGCCAGAGCGCUGACUACCUACAUGUCACCAACUACUCAGGCGUGAGUGCUCUACAUUUGGCAGUGCAAAGGGGCAGAGAGGACAUCAUUGGGAUGCUGAUUGAAGCAGGAGCAGAUGUUAACCAGAGGGACCUGAGCUCCGGCCGUUCCCCAUUGCACUGGGCGGUGGAGUCCCAGAGUACCCGGGUGGUGCAGCUCCUGCUGCAGGGUGGAGCCAGUGUGGACCAGCCCUCCUAUGCAGGCCACACAGCCCUGUACUGUGCUCUACACAGGCCCAACAAGGAGGUGCAGGCCCUCCUGAAGGCUGGAGGAGCCUCCGACACACGGCAAGAGGAAGAAGAGGAGGAGGAAGAGGAGGAGAAAGAGAGCGAAGAGGAAGAAUUUGACGACGUCAUCAUUAAUGGUCAGCGAGUACACUAACCAUGAACAUCAGCAUUAACGUGGACACUGGGCUACAUUAGGUCAAGGCACUGCUGUUGGGCUUCUGAUAGAUGUGCGAUUAUGCAUUUGUGUGUGGUUUGUGUAUGUACCUGUAAUUUGUAUAUACAAUAGUAAGGGAAAUGAACCCACGCCCUCCACUCAACCAAGAACAAAGUCAUUCAGUUUAAUGGAUCAUACUAUUUCUAUGGAGAUUGAGUCUCCCUCUAUGGAAAAGUGUAUUAUAGUUUGACAUGAAGGUUUCAGUGUCGGUAGUAGGAUAAUAGGAAUGGCUUCAGCUGUGUUCUAUAAAACUGUAACCAUCGCUAUUGUCACCAGUGAGUCAUUAGCUCUUUAUUUUUGUUUGAACCGAUAGACAACCUUGUGUAAUGUGUUAAAUGUGCUACAGAUUCUUUCCAUUUCUGAAUCAUAAUAAGUAAACUGUAAACAGAUUGGAUGAAGGACCUGUUCCAUCAGCCUCUGAGACCACUUGACAAACUCACAGUCUUAUCUUGCAUUACAUUUGUAAUGCAAAGUUAUUUAUGUAGUCAAGUUUAACUUAUACUGUAAGAUAAAAGUUCAAAAGUAGCUGAUAUUUGGGGAUUUUAGUUUUUGUUCCUACUCUUUGUGUUUUGAUGAUGCAAUCAUGUUAUUUUAUUGACUCAAUGAUUUGGGGGGUUUUCCCCCCAUUGUAUGAAUAGAGGUGUUAUGGUGACUUGUAAAACAUACAUUUAAGAAAGGGGUGGUGACAGAAGAUGGGAGUAAGUGUUGGUGAUAAAGAUUGUACUGAUUGGGUGAAAGGAAGAUUUCAAAGUUGACAAAGCAUGCCAGGGGUUUGUGUGGCACGAAGAAAGUUGACAUAUACUGUCUUGGAAAGAGACAUUUAUGUUGGGUCAAAUUGCUGACAUUGGUUUACAAUAAUGAUGGCAUGAAAAGGGCACUAGCUGAAGUGGAAUGAUCUGCCCCAAGGACACCCAAAGAAAAAAUCUGAUGUAUAUUAACAAUAUUAUGAGCAUGCUGUCUAUAUGGUUGAUGUAAUUGGAACUGUAUAAUAAAUACAGUAGAUUAAAAGGGGCAUAUUUGAUAAAUAAAUCAUUAGAGCUCAACACAGCUUACAUAGAUCU